AUGCAUCAAUAUUUUCAACGAAUACAAAAUCGCAACCAACUCAGUCCCGAUGCUCGGCCACUCAAAAGGCACAACAGAAAAAGCGAUUCAUUUAGACAAAGUGGUGGUUCUGAUAAAAGUAGUGGAGUUGUUGCUAUUAUGCAUCCAGAUGUAUUCCCUCAACAAGAAAAGCAAGAAGAAGAUAAUUUGGGCCCAGACCGGGUUGUUAAGGGCUAUCAAAUUGAAGUUAUUCACAGUGUUUUGGUUAGGCAUGAAUAUGAAUCACUUAUGAAGACCAGCCGAAUUUUUGCGACUGACGAUCAACUAUAUCGUGCCGCUCGGUGGAUCAAACAAGUAAUGAAUAAAAAGAAUGAACUCAAUGUUAUUUGGUUGGACAAGAAUUGGAUAAAAGAAAAUAAUGUUCGUGGAUUUAUUUCUGAUUGUUUUCGAGAAGAAUUCUUUGAAUCUUUGGUUUCUGGAAAAAGAAUUCAAUUAAAAGAUAUCAAAAGGCAUUCAUUAGCAGCCUGUUUUCCAAGAUUUUUACGGACUUCUUAUGAUCAAUUAAAUUCGUUAGCUUCUGCAAAAACGGUUCCCUUAUGUGAGGCAAUGAGUUUAUUAUAUGAAAAAGGAGUGCCGAUUCAAAAAGCUAUUUGGUUUUUGAAAAUGAAUCAAGUUGCUCAUCCAAUUUUGGUAACUGCUAGCAAACAGAAGAAAGGUGGAAAUACAUUACCUAGUGAUGAUUAUUCUAGUGAUCAACGUCAAUUUUUUAUUCGUUAUUUGCGUUGCCUACUUCGUGAAUUUGACAAAGCAAUACCUGGCCAACUUGAACAGAAUCCUUAUUAUCAACGUUGGCCUUAUUAUGCAGCUUUAAUUAAACAUUCAUUUGAGGAUGGAAUGCUAGAUCGUCAUGAAUUUGUAUUAGAUAUGUGUGAAUUGCUUGCAGAAUUUUCUAAUUUUUCAUUGGAUCAGCCUCAAACAUUUCGCAUUUUAAUUAUAUUAAUGACUCAAUUUACUGAUAUUGUUGUACAAAAUGUAUUUAUAGCCCGUCGUGUGGCAAGUAUUCUUUGCUCUCGAUUAAUGCAGUACAGAAAAGAUUAUGAAAAAAUGAGAAGUCAAAAUUUAUCGCCCAUUGCUCCUGAAACUUGCUUCGAUGAUUUAUCCAAUUGUCAACAUCACAGGCCUACUUUACUUGUAAUUUUUGGCUUUCUUCAUGCUAUUAUUCUCGAUUGUCCUUCUGCUUUAAUUUGGACGCCAUUCGACCCUCAAGAAUUAUUGGAAGGAAGUCUUAAAAGUUCUAAACUUUCUCGUGCAGUUGAAAAAGAAAAUGCUUUGCAAAGUGUUGUUUGGCUUUGUGGUUCACCACUCGAUUAUCUCCCUUGUAAAAUUGAAGUCACUUGUCAACACUUUUCUGGAUCAUUUAAAGAUAAAAUAUUGGAUUUGUUGAAUAAAAAAGUAGACGAAAUUAAAAUGAGAAGUUCAGCUGUAGAAGACCGUUGGGCGUUUAUUAACCCUUCGAAUUCACAAUUUGGAAUAGAUGUUAUAAUCGAGGAAUGUUUAAAUAUUAUAUCAUUUUUGGAUACAAUUCCGUUGGAUAAACCUAAUGCUCUUCAUAUACUUUAUGAAAAUAUUUUUCCUAAAGAUGAGGAUUUAAAUGAGUCCGUUGGAAUCAAUAUUCGUGUCAGAAUUCUUGUUCUCUGGGCUGUUACUGCUGAAAGAUCAGGAACUUAUCGUUCUUUACUUGUCACUAAAUUACUUUUGCUUCUUUCCAAAUCUGAAAAUAAAUUUGGUUCACUCAAAUCAAUCCAUUCAUUAUUGGUUGAUUGUUUAAAUCGAGAUUGGGCAUGUAAUGAACGAAAUAAAAACAAAACUGAAGAAGGAAAUGAUGGGCGUUGGAAUGUGGAAUUUGGAAAUUUAAUGUUGUUAUUUUACGAAUUACAACGUGUUGGGAUUUUCGAUCACGAUAGAUAUGUUCGUGCUUUAAUGAGAAAUGGGACAUUGGGCCAAUCGCCGUUAUACCAACGUCUGAAGGCGAACGAAACUUCCGAAAAUCAACCUGAACGUGUUGAACAACAAAAUUCUUCAAAACGGCAAUCUGUCGAUUUGGUUCCUGUUAAGCAGGAACCACAAAUGAUUAUUUCAUUUAUUCCAACAACUCCAUCUGUGUCAACAACUGUCAAUACUAAUCCAUUUAGUGGUUCUACCCCUCAACAGAAUCAACAAAAAUCUGAUGAAUUUGCGAAACUUCAACAAGAAUACGAACCUGAUGUUCAUCCUCAUUUGGAUAUAAAAUCAAAAUUAAGUUUUCAUGAACGUUUCCUUCUUCAUUUACCUGUCGAACAAUUAGAAUCAAAUAGAGAUGCUUGUAAUCAGAGAGCAAUUGUUUUAUAUGGAAUUUCUGAUCGAAGGGAUCAAGUUAGACAAGAUUUACGUAAAAUUGCUAGAGAAAUAUGCAAAUUAUGGAAACGUUUAAGCGUCGAAUUUGUCCAAACUUCUCCAGACUCCCCAACUAGAGAACUUCGUUAUAAAAGAAAAUGUACAAACGAACAAAUUGCUGAACAAAUGGAUAAAUUUAAAUCCCAAACAUAUUUUGAUCAAUUAAUAAUUUGUGGUUGGUGUACAGAAAAUUUUGUUGAUUCCAUUGAAGAGUUUCUACGUCAACUGACUGAACAACAAACAGUCUUAUCUCCGUUUCCAACUUCUGAAUGUUUGGAUCUUCUUUGUGAAAUGAUUAUGAUUUGUAAAAAUCCACAUAGUUUGUUGAGUCUUUCUGCCGAACUUUUACCUUUUCUUAUUCAAAUUGAGCAAGAAUUUCAGCGAUCUAAUCAAAAAAUUAUCUUCGAUACAAUUCCAAAUUCUCUUACUUGUCAGCUUGCUUAUGUAAUUGUUGUCCGUUUGGCUGAACAUUUUUAUUACUUUCUUUACUCUCCGGAAGCUUGUUCAAUUUACAACAGUUUAUUUAAAUUAAUCCAAAAUGAUUUGGAAUUAUCACGUCAAAAUUUCCCCAUUACUUGUUGGUCAAGAACUAUAGCAAUAUUUUUAUUACAUACAAGAAAUAAAUUAAUUGGAGUUGGAGAAGAAGAAGGAAAAAUAACAAAAAUAAAUUUACUUGGAAAAUAUGAAGAUUUGACUGCACUCUUUCCUUCGGCUGGUUCUGGUUCUUUAGCAAGAAAUUUAAAAUAUGAUCAACAAUUAAUGGUUGAUCAGCUUAAUUUAUCUUCUUCAAAUAAUUUUCGAUUCUUAUCAUAUGUGGAUUUAAAAAUGCGUCUCCAAACAAUGCAAAAUGAACAUUCAAAAUAUAGUUUUGUUGUUAACGCCUUUCGCGCUGCUAAUUCUUAUGGUCGAGAUUAUGAACGUUUGGUUGAAUUAUCAAAUUUUUGUGGACAUGUAUCAACUCAAUUAGGGCUUGAAACUGAAUGGUGUAGUGCUAUUCAAGAACUUUGUUGUUCAAAUGUUUCAAACAAUAGUAAUUGGAAUGAGAUGCUUUUUGAGAUUAAUGUAAAUGACUUUUCCACUCAUUACUCAUUAGCAACUUUUGUACUUCUAUUAGCCUCUAAAUAUGCUUUUUCACCUCACGCUCUUAUAUGCAGGCUUAUUGCUAAUGUAUUCUAUUCUAUUAUAAGAGAAGAAGGGGGUUUUGCUAAUGAUGACUUGGAUAAUGGAUUUUGUUUGGCUUUGUGUAUUUGUUCUGUUCUUUUUUGUGGAGAUGAUAUGCCUUUUAUUUGCAAUGAUCUUGGACAACGUGUUAUUACAUCAUCUACACUUCGAAGAGAUUGCAAUCAAGUGGCGUUAAAAAUUGCUCAUAUUACUGAAUUAAAUUUUGUUUUGUUCCCUCUACUUUCUGUUGUAAUGCAAUUAGUGGAUGAACUAAAAAGAAAGGUUGAAGCUAGCAGAAAAGAUGCGACAAAUCAUCGAAAAUUUUCUAAACAACUAGCAAUUGCCCGUUGUGCACUUUUAAGUAUUUGUGAUCAAGAUUGGGUAAUAGAGAGAAUGCAUGCUAUUUGCUCUUCUGAUAAGGAUAUGGAUAAUUUUAUUAAUUGUCCUCGACUUAAAAAUCAUUCUGUUGGUCAACAACUUUUAAGGGUUGCUCUUAGAAGGAAAAGUGAAAGAGAUAUAAAGCAAGAAUUAAUGGAAUGUACAGACAAAACAAUUUACGAAAAAUUACUUUCUGCACUUUCUAUAUGGAAUAUGAGAGCUACUUAUUUUGAUUUUAAAUUAAUAAUUAAUGAAACUUUCCCGGAAAGUCAAAUGUCCAAAUUAGGCAAUGGAAAUCAACAAUUAGCUAAUCAUUAUCAGAUGACAAUGUUUUUGUUUAACAAUAUAGCCACGGCUAUUCAUCAACUUUUUGUUUCAAGAUUGAUUCUAAAGGAUAAUAAACAAAAUGAGGAAAAGAUGGAUAUAGACGACUUUCGCCCCUCAGGAAUUAACUGUUUUUGGCAAAUAGCUUCUUUAGUCACUGCUAUGCCAAGCCCACCACCUCCAACAGGAAUGAGCUCACAAAAUCCUCAUUGGUGUCCAUGGAUUGGUUCAGCAAUGAAAGCAUACAUUUCAAAAGUAGUGGCAGAAAAUUUGAAAACUUUGCCUGAAAAGGAUUCAAAAAAUAAACAAUCAGAAAAUAUAGAACAAUUAAAAUAUGAACAAUUACUUGCUUAUCAACCUUUUCUUAAUUUGGUAAUGGCUUGUACAGAAGGAGAGGAUGUUAAACAAUUAGUUGAUACUCUUUUGGAUUAUUUGGAUGAUGUUGUUGCUCGAGUUAGAAAAAAUCCAAUAAUCCCACACCAAAGUUUCUUUCUCUCUGAACGUGAUGGAAUCAUUUUACGCCUAAAUUUAAUUGUUGGACUUUUUGAUACUUUAACAACAAACAGCAAUGCAGAAUUUUGGGCGUCUGCAAUUUUCCAACUUCUUUAUUUCGAAAUAUUAACUUAUGAACGUGAUACACUAUAUUUUAAUACUUGUAUGGAUAUGCUUUUAAUGCUUGUACAUAAAAUGUAUCCACAUAAAACAUAUAGCACUUUUGUUAGCAAAUUUAAGAAUUUUCGUAUUCCCGAUGAACUAUACUCUUUACAACAACUUCUACCUGUACCAAAGUCUCAAGCAGAAUUAACAGCUUGGGAUAGUUUCUCCAACUCAAUUCCACAUAAUAAACUUAUUGCACAAGGAACAGCAACAACAACUAAAGGAAGUACAAAUACAUCCCAACCUAGUCAACAACAAACACAGCCAAAUCUUCCUGUUGCAAAGCCUCAAUUCCAAGGAAUUGUGAUUGAUAAACAACAAGUUCCCAUUCAUAAAAAGAUUUUGCGAAUGCUUAAACACGAGCAUUGGAUGCAACGACAAAUUGGUCCAAAUGGAGAACAAAUUAUUUCAUUCAUUCCUCGUCCUGGAAUUGUUGGAGAAGAAAGGAUGGGUGCUGAUCCGUUUUUGGCACCCCCAGAAAUGGAACAAGUUUAUAUUUGUAAACCUCCAAAUGAGCGACAAGAAGAACAACAGCAACAACAACAAUCUUAUCAACAAAAUAUAAUGGCAGUCCAACAACCACAACAGCCCCCACAACAACAAAGAAUGAUUCCAACACAGCAACAUCCACCAACAACUGAACAACAAUUUAAAAUGGAAACUGAUCAACAACAACAACAAUUACAACAGAUGCGUUUGGCAUCAUAUCAGAAUCAACAACAACAACAAAUAAAAAUGGAACAAAGAAUGAUUGCCCAACAACAGAAUGUGCAAAUACAUCCUGGAAUGAUGCAACCAACUCCAUCUCAACAACAUCAAUUCCAUCAACACCAAAAACAACAGCAAAUGUUCCAACACCAACAUAUGAUGUCAAUGACGGGUUCAAUUCCACCUGGUGCAAUAAUGGGAGAGCCUGGUCCUUCUGGCCUUCAACAAAACCCAUUCCCUCCACAACAACCUAUUUUAAAUUUACUACAACAAUCACAAGGUGUUCGUAGUUCUGGUUCAAAUACCCCAACAAACGUGACAGAUUCUCCUAGAACUGGAGGCGGAAGGGGUAGACGUAAAAUGGUUGGAACAAAUCCGUCAGGUGUCGGAAGAGGCCAAAAGAAAAAGAAAGAAAAACAACAAAUGGCCAAUCAAAUGAUGGGGGGUAUGGGAAUGGAUAUGUUUGCAGCAACUGGUGGAGCUGGUCCAUCACCAGGAAUGGUUACACAAAGAGGAGGUAUGGGUCAACCUACACAAAUGAGUAUGACAACACAUGCAGCAAUUAUGGCUCAACAACAACAACAAAUUCAUUGGCAGCAACAAAUGCAACAAAGACAGCAACAACAAAUGCAACCACCACCACAACAAGGAAAUAUUGGCCAGCCUCAAAUGUCUGGACCUUUACCACCCCCAUAUAUGAUUUAUAAUAAUCAACAACAAACAAUGCAACAACCACCCCCUCAAUUUCGAGUGCAACUUCCUCCUCCUCCUCAACAACAACAACAGCCCCAACCUCCACCACCACAAUAUCAUUCACCAAUUUCCCAACAAAAUAGAAAUAAUCAACAACAAUUUAAUCAACAACAACAAAUGCCUGGGAUAAGUGGAAUUGGAGGAGGAAUACAACAACAACAGCAGCAGGUUAAUCUACAAUCACAACAACAACCUACAACUGAUACUAAAAAACAAAUACGUCAAACUCUACUGCAAAGGAAACAAAAUCAACAAGCAGCCCAACAACAACAUCACCCAGGUAUGGGAGGAAUGGGACUACCUCCUGGCCAUUAA